AUGGUUGUAGCAGGCGGAUUAGCAAACAGCGUAUGUUCUGAUGCAUCUGCCGGCUGGUCCGCUUGGGUUGUUGACACUGUCAGCGAGGGUUUCGGAUCUUCGCAAUUGCUCCGGGCGAUUCUACUUACGGGCAAAUUAGGGUAUGGCAUAGAGCAAUGGUCAUCCACCGCUGUCACCCAUCAGACCCCAACGUCACCAGCAGACGCGCCGGACAAUGCACGCCAGACCCGGCGACCUCCGGGGGCGGGGGCGGGGCCGGGGCGGCGCUUGCGUCAGCGCCCCGCCCGCCCACGCACACCUGUCCACGCGGCCGCCGCCGCCGCCGCCUCCUGCGUCACUCCGCCGACGAACGAUGCGGUGAAGAGAGAUUUUGACGCUUUAUUGCUGCCUGAAAGGCCGCCUGAAUGGCGGGACGUGGUGGGAGGGAGGCCGCCUGAAUGGCGGGACGUAGGAACGUUGCUUGAAAUUUCUGUUCUGUGUACUUUAAUUAGAUGUUUGCUGCUAUUAUCAAUUUUAUUAUUAUUUAAUAAUAAUAAUAAUAAUAAUAAUAAUAAUAAUAAUAAUAUUUAUUACAUGCUUCUCUCUGACCUGUGUGAGUCCCAAUGUAACUGUGUGUGGUGUUUGUUGCAGGUCCCGCGCGCAACACUGUGUACCGCCCCACUCGCGCCCGCCACCACCACACCAGCACACCGCUCAACGGCAAGGACGCGUCUCCGGCGGGCCCAUGACGACGACGCGCCCCUAGUGAGCCGCCUGAAUGGCGGGACAUCGGGACGUUGCCUUGAAAUUUCUGUUCUGUGUACUAUUAGAUGUUGCUGCUAUUAUUAUUUUAUUAUUAUUAAUAAUAAUAAUAAUAAUAAUAAUAAUAAUAAUAUUAUUACAUGUCACCGCGCGCACACUGUGUACGUGGGUGUGCACCUGCCUGGCGUGAAGCGCCACUCGCGCCGCCACCACCACCACAAGCACCACCGCUCCAACGGCAAGGACGCGUCCUCCGGCGGCCAUGACGACGACCGCCCCAGUGGACACGCCCUUGGCGACGUGGCACUUGGUGAUGGCCCCUCUAGAGCAUGCGUGCUGGGCGGCGGUUAUUUUACUUCGCUGUCGCCCGCCAAAAGCAAUAACAGAGGUGCCAGCCAGGUAGUUCUUGUGGCGUGUCUGUCUGUCCGCGCUCUUGACUCGGUCAUUCGCGACGGGAAUGUAAAUUUCCCUGUCAACGUGAGAGAUUCGGGUUGCGUUUCGAUAAAACCCUUAGAUCUUGUCCCGGCUGGUGAAGUGCCGCGCCGGAAAACCUUGCUAGUCGUCGAUAGAUCGGCGCCGGAUGGAACCUUCCCGAACUUACCCCGAGCACUCUCCAGUGGGGGCAAAAGGAGCGAGGGCGCUGUCAAACGCUAA